CUCCGAUGCCCAUUUGUAUAGCUUCCUGGUUAUUUUAGUCGAGAUCAGCUUUGAUAGAAUGCUUUUCCCGUUACUGGCCUCUGAAAACUAGCUUUUUGCUGCCGAUAUCGUUGCUGGUCAACAAACAUCAUGAAUUCGACCCUCGUCCUCCUCGCUCUCCUCUCUGCCUUCUCCACCGUUCAAGCCGUCCAACCUUCAGCUCCAGAUCCCAUCGCAGUCCCGUUACGCGAUUUGAAAUGGGGUCAGCUUAAUUUUCUUCAUACUACGGAUACUCAUGGCUGGCUGGCGGGUCAUCUGCAGGAACCUUCUUAUUCCGCCGAUUGGGGUGAUUACGUCUCAUUUGCAACCCGGAUGCGUGAGAAGGCUGACGCCCAUGGCUGGGAUCUCUUGGUGAUUGAUACGGGCGACCGGGUAGAAGGAAACGGUCUGUACGACUCAUCAAACCCUCAAGGCGUCUACGUCUCGGAAAUCUUGCGACAACAACACAUCGACCUCCUGUGCUCCGGAAAUCAUGAGCUGUACAAAAAGCACACGGCAGAGGCGGAGUUUCUGAAUACCGUGCCCAACUUCAGCGGCCACUACCUCGCGUCCAAUAUCGACAUCUUUCAUCCCACGACCGGAGAACUGGUGCCCUUGGCUCCACGGUUUAAGAAAUUCACCACGAAGAACCAGGGGAUUCGCAUAGUGGCGUUUGGUUUCCUUUUUGACUUCACCAAGAACUAUAACAAUACCGUCGUCCAGCCGGUAGAGCAAACGGUCACCGAAAAUUGGUUCCAGGAAGCUGUCAGGGACGAGGAAGUAGACCUGUUCGUGGUGUUUGGACAUGUUCCGGUUCAUUCCAAAGAAAGCGACGCCAUCUUCAAAGCUAUCAGGGCUUUCCAUGAGGACAAGCCAAUCGCAUUCUUUGGUGGUCACUACCACAUCCGCGACGCUGCCCGGUACGAUUCUAGCGCAUACGGCCUGGCCAGCGGGCGUUUUAUGGAAACCAUCGGAUUCAUGUCCAUUGAUGGUUUGCCUGUUGGGGCCGGACAAGUAGAGCCCGCGUCCACGGCUCCCACCUUCAACCGGAAGUAUAUUGAAAACAAUCUCUUUUCCUUCUACCACCACACUGGUCUUGAUAACGAGACAUUCCCUACGGAGAAUGGCCGCAACGUAUCUCACCUUAUUCAGCAAUCUAGAAAUGCCCUCAAGCUCGACGAAGUCUACGGAUGUGUUCCGCAAACUUUCUGGAUGUCUCGUGUCCCCCACACCAGCGAAAAUAGCAUAUACACUUUACUGGAGACCCAAGUGCUUCCGGACCAGUUGAAAGAUAGUGCCAGGUUGGGAAAGCCCGCUGUCGCUAUCGUAAACACCGGUGCCCUGCGCUUUGAUCUGUUCAAGGGACCAUUCACCAGGGACUCGGCAUACAUAGUAUCUCCCUUUACGAGUGGUUUCCGCUAUGUGAAGGACGUUCCGUAUGACCAAGCGCAAUUGAUUGUCGAGGUGUUGAAUAAACAGCCGCAGAUUUUGGCAGCCAAGGCAGAGGCAGGCGCGUCGCCGAUUUGGACGCUUGCUUCGCCUGAGCAAGCUGCAUAUCAACAGGGCCUCGGCAUGGGCCAGGUGGGGAACCAUCACACGUCCAUGAUCGAAACAUACCUUACUACCCAGGAUCCAAUUUUCGGUGACGAUCUCUCGGAGCCUAAGGUGGUGCCCGGAUACACCACUAUUGAUGACUUGGGCAUGGAUGGCGAUGAUACCAUUCAUUCGCCAAUAUCCUUCUAUCAGGUCCCAAAUUGCAUCAGCCCUCUUAUCGGACAUGAGCAAUCCGUAGCGCCUCCAACAGUAGACCUGGUCUACGUUGAUUUUAUAGAGUCUUACGUGUCCCUAGCUGCCAAAUUCGUUCGACUGGAUGUUGAUUUCGCUCGGGAUAGCGACAUCUACAUGCCGUCCACGACCUUAACGGAUCUCAUUGUAGACUGGGUGAAGAAUAACUGGAGCUGCGACGCAUGAUCAAAACAUGUAUUCCAUCAUUACAUCUGGUGUCCCAACCCCCCCCCCCCCCCCCC